AUGAGCUCAAAGUGGAUUUCUCAGCGUGACUUCUCCAUCGCCUCUGAGGAGACCGGCAACUCGUUGAAGGAGAGAAGCCUCCUCGCUCCCCAGGCCCGCGUAUUCGAGAGAUUGCGACGCACGGUGUCAAUGCCGAAAGGAGGAGAGAUGGAGAAGCCUAAAGUGCCUGAUGCACGGCCUGAAUCACCGCAAGUGAAAACUGACUACUUUAAGGGCUUCAAUCGAGCAAAAUCACUAUUCUUUCACUCCUGUCGUCUGACCAAAUCGGAGAAGAGUGAAAAGUCGUACAGAAAUCCUCUUUCUACCGCCUUUAGCAAGCACAAUCAUUGUCAGCAGCAACAAUCAAGACCGUCUGUGGUUUCAGAAACGGACACAGUUGCAUCUUCACUUUCCUUUGAUGGAGAGGACGAGGAAAGAGAAAAGGACGAUGAUUUGUCUAGCGUCUACGAACAUCCAAUGCUCGCGGAGUUGGAAGCCGAGGUGACUGUUCCUCCACCACCACCCAGAGCCCGUCCAGCAUGGCUCAAAGCUGCGUUGGAGAAGUCUCGAGAGACUUUGGAAUCAUCUCGUCAGGUGAGAGCUUCAUCCCCCGUAGAUAUUGUCUCCUUAGCUGCGUCUGUUUACUCCGAGGAUGGCAGUUUCUUGAACUACUUCGACGAUGGGGAGGACGAUGGUUAUGCGGAGGUUAAGAUUUAUCCUGUGUUACAGAAUGGUGUCAAGAUUAGUGACACUCAUUAUUGGGUCAUUAACCCCCCUAAAAGGCGAUUAAGACGUUGGCAGGAUGCAGGGAUCAAUUCUGACGGCAGACCGACUACUUUAUCAACCAAACUGUGGAAUGAAGGACAUUCACACUACGAAAAUCUGCCCGGCACUUCAGCCUGCUCUUCACCUGGAACUAAUGUACAAAGCGAGGACUUUCGAUCAACCCAACUUCGAAGAGGCCGAUCUGAGUGCAAUAAAGAGGUACUACGACUCAUUCAACGAACUCUAGUCGAGAAGUUGCAAAAUCAAGUGCCUACCGCGAGGUCAGAUGAAUGUCGAGCUGUUCUAAUCGGUUCAAGUUGGAAUUUCCAAAAAGCCCAAAAACGUCUUAAAGUGGAGCUACUUUGUCGACUGGGCUGUGCCUCCAAAUCUGCCUGUGAGAGAAUUCUUGAAAGGAUGGAUUGGAAUUUUGACGCAGCUGCCGAAUACAUACGUAACAGUGGCAGUCCUCACCAAUCCACACCGCUUUCCAUCUACCGACCACCGCUAUCACGCACCGCUAGCAGUACCGGCGAUUCGGCUAGCGUCACACCGGACAAUUCGCCCGACAUCCUCUACCUCAACACCACAUCCGCACCGUUCCCCUGA